UCGACUUCAAAGCAAAAGGCCUUCAUCUUCUCCCACCCUUUCUCUGCUUCACUCCCUGAAAUCCCCCAGAUCAAAUUAAAAAUGGAUCAAUCGAUUAAACCCCAAAAAUCAGUGAUUGAACAACAAAGAAUUGUCAUAAAAAACAAGUAUGGUGAGAAUCUUGUGGGUAUCUUACAUGAAACUGGUUCAGAGGAAGUUAUAAUCUUAUGCCAUGGAUUUACUUCCAAUAAGGAAUGUCCCAUUAAUCUGAAUGUUGCUGACGCUUUAACAAAAAAAGGAAUCAGCGCUUUCCGCUUUGAUUUUUCUGGGAAUGGUGAAGGGGCAUUUGAGUUUGGAAACUACAAUAAAGAGGCUGAUGAUUUGCAUUCCAUAGUCUUCUAUUUCUUAGGGAUGAAGCGGGUUAUAGGUGGGAUUCUUGGGCAUAGUAAAGGAGGAGAUACGGUGCUCGUAUAUGCUUCCAAGCAUCAUGAUGUGCCCAUGGUGAUAAAUGUUUCUGGAUGCUACAACAUGGAAGAAGGAAUUAAAGAACGUUUGGGUGAACGUUUCAUGGAAAGAAUAAAGGAAAAUGGAUGUAUAGAUGUUAUGGAUGGAGAAGGAAAUUUCUGGUGUCGCGUGACAGAAGAGAGUUUACUGGAACGGCUUGCUACUGAUAUGCGUGCACUAUGCCUUUCAAUUCCAAAGGAUUGCAGGGUCUUCACUGUUCAUGGGUCUGAGGAUGAGUGUAUACCUGUCGAAGAUGCUUUCAAGUUUUCCAAAAUCAUACAUAAUCACAAAUUGCACAUUGUGGAAGGCGCUGAUCAUUGUUACAACAAUCAUCAGUCUGAGUUAGUUGAGGUGGUGGUGAACUUCAUCAAAGAAUCUCUUAAGGUACUUCGCGUAUGAUUUUUAAUCUACUUAUCUUUGCCAUUCAAAUAAAAAUUAGCUUAGAUAUCAUUUCGAAUCUAAUUUGACCUCCUGCUGCAAAACGACGGUAAGCUUUCUGUUGGAAUGCCGUCACUCAUAUAUACCCGUCUAUUUGGAUGAGUCACAGCAGGAAAGCAUCCUGGUAGGUGUAUUUUCUGAACAUCCCAUUUUCUGCAUUUGAUCUGUGACUAGGAAACCUGUUGAAACAUGUUAUGAAAGGUCACUUAUCUUUUAUCUCCUACACCAGUUUAUUCUUAGAGCUUCUUCCAGUUCACUCUAAUUCGUCUCCGCCUCAGAGAGAAUGAAUUCGACAGUGUUUAUGUUGUUCCAACAGGAAAGGUUGAGAAGAAUCAAGCUUUCUGCACUGUCUGAUCCUACUAAAAAGACGUACCAAAAAAACAUACUAC